AUGGCCGUUUCGGAACUGCACUCGCGUGUACGGGGAGUGUCCCCAAUCGCCACACGGACGACCGUGUUGACCAGACUCCGCGUUCACUCUCACGUCUCGCCACGAUGUGACUCGCGCAUGCUUACGUGCUCACAGAACGUUGGGGGUAGAGUCGGCUUCGACUACAUUGAGGUGAUGGGGACUGCCGGCCGUAUCAAGAGUGAGUGGCCGUCCAACAUCAUCAACGUGGUUAGCGAAACGGUCGAAGAGUACCGCCACCCCACGCUAAUUGUGCCCCCUGAGCCUAGGGCUUAUGUUGAAAAGAUGUACCGAGACGAGUUGGACUCGUGGGUGCGAUCCGUCAACCAGCGUACUGAUCCGCCGAUCACGGUGGACGACGGGCGUGAACGUACUCGAGUCAUCAGCGCGGUCUUCGAAUCUGGGAAGUCCAACUCGCCGGUGACGCUACGCUAG